AUGAAGUUGUCAUCUGUUUAUGAUCAUGCUAACCAGAAGGGCUCUCAAGAAAGUCUACUCGGCCUAACAAUUACAAAUGCUGAUGGGAAUUCGACUCCUUCGAUACCAUUAGACAUCUUCCUUAGGAGGGACGGUGUCGUUAACCCCAUCAGCAAAAGUCCUACCGCAAGACCAUAUCUGAUUGCUGCAAUACCCGUUGUAUUUGCCGCUCUAAUUAUUACAAUCGGGCUGUUCUUCCUUCGCCGUCACCGUAAAGCAAACAAGACCAAUCAACAAUCGAAUGCGCCAUAUAUGGGAGAAUUGGCUGCCUUGUCCUCGCCGACGGACAGUAACCGUGGCAAGCUAAGAUCAUUCUUUGGUCGGCGUGAACGAAAUAGUCAAGCCUUUUUAACUGUUGGAGCAUUUCCAAGAAACAAUCGCACAGGUGUAGCAAAUAGUGACAUGAGCGAAAGCAUAGUGCAAAGCGAAGAGGGUGACGGUAGUAGUAGUUACGUUUCUGACAGCAAUAGAAGCGACUAUAGAUAUGAUCCUUCGUUUACGCAGUUCGUGUGCUAG